AUGGGUGAUAUGGAGGAGAACGUGAUUGUGAGAAAUACCGCUGGUACGAUUCUGGUGGAUAACAUGCUGAUCAAAGGGACUGCUAGAGGACCAGACCCCACCAUCGAACUUUCCUUAAAGGACAACGUGGAUUACUGGGUGUUGCUGGACCCUGUUCAGCAAAUGCUCUUCCUGAACAGCACGGGCAGAGUUCUGGAUAGAGACCCCCCGAUGAACAUACACUCCAUCGUGGUGCAAGUCCAGUGCAUCAACAAGAAGGUGGGCACUGUGAUCUACCAUGAAGUUCGAAUCGUGGUGAGGGACAGGAAUGACAACUCACCCACGUUCAAACACGAGAACUACUAUGCCACCGUGAAUGAGCUCACUCCAGUUGGCACCACGAUAUUUACAGGAUUUUCAGGAGACAAUGGAGCUGCAGACAUAGAUGAUGGACCAAAUGGACAGAUAGAAUACGUUAUCCAAUAUAAUCCUAAUGAUCCGACAUCUAAUGACACCUUCGAAAUUCCCCUCAUGUUAACUGGAAAUGUGGUGUUAAGGAAGAGGCUCAACUAUGAAGAUAAGACUCAGUACUUUGUCAUCAUCCAAGCUAAUGACCGUGCACAAAAUCUGAAUGAGCGGCGAACCACUACCACCACCCUCACAGUGGACGUUCUGGACGGAGAUGACUUGGGUCCUGUGUUUCUUCCUUGUGUCCUGGUGCCAAACACACCUGACUGUCGCCCGCUCACCUACCAAGCCGCCAUCCCUGAAUUGAGAACUCCGGAAGAACUGAACCCCAUCAUCGUUACCCCGCCCAUCCAAGCUGUUGACCAGGACCAGAAUAUUCAGCCACCAUCAGAUAGGCCAGGCAUCCUCUACUCCAUCCUUGUUGGGACUCCUGAGGAUUUCCCACGAUUUUUCCAUAUGCAUCCUAGGACUGCAGAACUUAGUCUCCUGGAGCCAGUAAACAGAGACUUUCACCAGAAAUUUGAUUUGGUUAUUAAGGCUGAACAGGACAAUGGCCAUCCUCUUCCUGCCUUCGCCAGUCUCCAUAUUGAAAUCCUGGAUGAAAACAAUCAGAGUCCGUAUUUCACGAUGCCCAGUUACCAGGGCUAUAUCCUGGAAUCCGCCCCAGUGGGAGCAACCAUCUCCGACAGUCUGAAUUUGACCUCCCCUCUGAGGAUUGUGGCUCUGGACAAGGAUAUAGAAGAUAUGAAAGACCCAGAGCUUCACCUUUUCCUGAAUGAUUACACCUCAGUCUUCACUGUUACACAAACUGGCAUUACUCGCUACCUCACCUUACUUCAGCCAGUGGACAGGGAAGAACAGCAGACUUACACUUUUUCGAUAACGGCAUUCGAUGGUGUGCAAGAGAGUGAGCCAGUUAUUGUCAAUGUUCGGGUGAUGGAUGCAAAUGAUAACACUCCAACCUUCCCUGAAAUAUCCUACAAUGUCUAUCUGUAUACAGACAUGAGCCCCGGCGACAGUGUCAUUCAGCUCACAGCCGUGGACGCAGACGAAGGGUCCAACGGGGAGAUCACGUACGAAAUCCUGAUGGGGGCUCAGGGCGACUUCAUCAUCAAUCACACCACGGGGCUCAUCACCAUCGCCCCAGGGGUGGCACUGACCGUGGGGCACACCUACGCGCUCACGGUCCAGGCCGCGGAUAAUGCGCCUUCCGCGGAGAGAAGGCACUCCAUCUGCACAGUGUACAUUGAAGUGCUUCCUCCAAAUAAUCAAAGCCCUCCCCGCUUCCCACAGUUGAUGUACAGCCUCGAAAUCAGUGAAGCCAUGAGGAUUGGUGCUGUUUUAUUAAAUCUACAGGGAUUAGCUGCAAUCAUUACGAGACAGAAUGAAGGGACUGGAAACAUGCAGUUGAAUAUUUUGUACUUUGCACCCAAAGAGUCUGCAGCUAUUAUUUUCUGUCUCGAAUUCCUUUACCCAGCAGGAUUUAGUUUUGCUGCAGUGUGGUAUAGAGAAAAUAGCUUUGGGUUCACGGACGGACGUACUGGGAUUCUAACCUUAGGGAAAGCCCUGGACAGGGAGAGCACCGAUCGCUACAUUCUGAUCGUCACUGCUUCAGACGGCAGGCCCGAUGGGACCUCUACUGCUACCAUAAAUGUGGUGGUGACAGAUGUCAAUGACAAUGCACCAGUGUUCGACCCCUUUCUGCCUAGAAACCUGUCUGUGGUGGAGGAAGAAACCAAUGCCUUUGUGGGUCAAGUACGGGCAACAGACCCUGAUGCUGGAAUAAAUGGCCAAGUGCAUUAUAGUUUGGGCAACUUCAAUAAUCUCUUCCGCAUCACAUCCAAUGGGAGCAUUUACACAGCUGUAAAGCUUAACAGAGAGGUCAGGGACUACUACGAGCUUGUUGUUGUGGCCAUGGACGGAGCAGUGCAUCCCCGUCACUCAGUGCUCACACUGGCCAUCAAAGUUUUGGAUAUCGACGAUAACAGUCCUGUGUUCACCAAUUCAACGUAUACUGUGGUCGUGGAGGAGAACCUGCCGGCUGGGACCACCUUCCUCCAGAUAGAGGCCAAAGAUGUUGACCUUGGAGCAAAUGUGUCUUAUCGGAUCCGAAGCCCAGAAGUAAAGCACUUUUUUGCACUACAUCCAUUUACAGGAGAACUUUCACUUUUAAGGAGCUUGGACUAUGAGUCAUUUCCAGAGCAGGAAGCAAGCAUCACGUUUCUCGUGGAGGCCUUCGAUAUUUAUGGAACGAUGCCACCAGGCAUUGCCACUGUCACAGUGAUAGUAAAGGAUAUGAAUGAUUAUCCGCCCGUAUUUAGUAAACGGAUCUACAAGGGGAUGGUGGCUCCGGAUGCCGUGAAGGGCACACCCAUCACAACCGUUUAUGCUGAAGAUGCAGACCCCCCUGGGUUACCUGCAAGUCAUGUGAGGUACAGAGUAGAUGAUGUCCAGUUUCCUUAUCCUGCCAGUAUUUUUGAUGUAGAAGAAGAUUCUGGAAGAGUAAUAACUCGAGUCAAUCUUAACGAAGAGCCUACAACAAUUUUUAAGCUGGUGGUUGUUGCUUUUGAUGAUGGUGAGCCUGUGAUGUCCAGCAGCGCCACAGUGAAAAUUCUUGUCUUACAUCCUGGAGAAAUCCCACGCUUCACACAAGAGGAAUAUAGACCUCCUCCAGUGAGUGAACUUGCCACCAGAGGGACUAUGGUUGGAGUGAUUUCGGCAGCGGCCAUCAACCAGAGUAUUGUGUACUCCAUAGUUUCAGGAAACGAAGAAGAUAUGUUUGGAAUUAACAACAUCACAGGUGUUAUCUAUGUGAAUGCCCCCCUGGAUUAUGAGACCAGGACAAGCUACGUACUUCGCGUCCAGGCCGAUUCCCUGGAAGUGGUCCUCGCCAAUCUCCGAGUCCCUUCGAAAAGCAAUACGGCUAAAGUGUAUAUUGAGAUUCAGGAUGAAAAUGAUCAUCCCCCAGUGUUUCAGAAAAAAUUCUACAUUGGAGGUGUAUCUGAAGAUGCAAGGAUGUUUACUUCUGUGCUCAGAGUUAAGGCUACUGACAAAGAUACUGGCAAUUACAGUGCCAUGGCUUACCGACUCAUCAUUCCACCCAUUAAAGAGGGAAAAGAAGGAUUUGUGGUGGAAACGUAUACGGGGCUCAUCAAAACUGCUAUGCUCUUCCACAACAUGAGAAGGUCCUACUUCAAAUUCCAAGUCAUCGCAACUGACAACUAUGGGCAGGGACUGAGUGGCAAAGCGGAUGUUCUGGUUUCCGUGGUCAAUCAGCUGGACAUGCAGGUCAUUGUUUCCAACGUGCCCCCGACUCUGGUGGAAAAGAAGAUAGAAGAUCUCACAGAGAUUUUGGAUCGCUAUGUUCAGGAGCAAAUUCCCGGUGCCAAGGUGGUGGUAGAGUCCAUUGGUGCUCGCAGGCAUGGGGACGCCUUUUCUCUAGAAGAUUAUACCAAAUGUGACCUGACUGUCUACGCAGUCGACCCCCAGACCAACCGAGCCAUAGACAGAAAUGAGCUUUUUAAAUUUCUGGAUGGCAAACUGCUUGAUAUCAAUAAAGACUUCCAGCCGCAUUACGGGGAAGGAGGACGCAUUUUGGAGAUCCGCACUCCAGAGGCAGUGACCAGCAUUAAAAAGCGAGGAGAAAGUCUGGGCUACACGGAAGGGGCCUUGCUGGCACUCGCCUUCAUCAUCAUCCUCUGCUGUAUUCCUGCCAUUUUGGUGGUUCUGGUCAGCUACAGACAGUUUAAAGUCCGCCAAGCUGAGUGCACCAAGACAGCGCGAAUCCAGUCGGCCUUACCUGCGGCCAAGCCCGCGGCGCCCGCACCAGCACCCGUGGCCGUGCCCCCGCCGCCCCCGCCUCCCCCCGGGGCGCACCUGUACGAGGAGCUGGGGGACAGCACCAUGAGAGGUUAUGCAUCAGAGCAACAGCAACUCCUGAGGCCUUCUCUUCUUAAACCAGAGGAGUUAUCCAUGGAGUCUGGAAUUGAUCCUGGCCAGGAAUAUGGACAAGAUUAUUACAGUUAUGAGCAUGGGUAUGAGAUGCCUCAAUAUGGAAGCCGUCGCCGUCUGUUACCACCGGCUGGACCAGAGGAGUAUGGUGAGGUAGUUGGUGAAGCCGAGGAGGAGUAUGAGGAGGAAGAGUGGGCGAGAAAAAGAAUGAUCAGGUUAGUUGUGGAUCGCGAGUACGAAACGAGCUCCGCCGGAGAAGACAGUGCUCCGGAGUGUCAGAGAAGCCGCCCUCACCGUCCCACCACACACAGUAACAUCAACGGCGACAUCUACAUUGCCCAGAACGGGUCUGUGGUGAGAACCCGCCGUGCCUGCCUCACUGACACCUUAAAAGCAACUUCCCCUGUCCGACUGGGGAGGCAUUUUAAGAAACUUGACAAGUUGGCAGUGACACACGAGGAGAAUGUCCCCCUGAACACGUUAUCGAAGGGGCCGUUCUCUACCGAGAAGAUGAACACGAGACCCACUCUGGUUACGUUUGCCCCUUGCCCUGUGGGGACCGACGGUACCGCAGGGAAGCCAUUGGGGCCCAGGCUGAAAAGCACAGUUGAACAGGAGUCCAUGGUUGACAGUAAGAACAUCAAGGAGACUUUGGAAUUCCCUAGUGACCACACGCGCUCAGACGACGAGGAGCUUUGGAUGGGCCCCUGGAACAACCUCCAUAUACCAAUGACAAAACUGUGACUGAUUUUUUUAAAAAGUUAUUUUGAUUUUUACUUCAGUUUUUAAUAAACUGUGCUUUUUAUUGUCACUGAGAAAAUGAUGUAUGGGAUUUAUAUCAUGCACACAAGCUAAAACUUUGAACAAUAUGCUUUAAAGUUUAAAAAGAGACAAAUUUGCACUCGCCUUUGUAUCAAUUAAUUGUUCUUCCCAGAAAAUCUUUCUGGACAGACUCUCAAUUCUCUGAAUAACAUAUCAUUUAAACUUACCAUUUAGCUGUUUUGUUGGAUCUUUAAUUUUUUUUCAUUUUAAUAAAUGAGAAAUAGUAAGUUAUCAUUUCUAUUUUGUCAGUUAACCUAGAUUAGUCUUCAGCUCUAUCUUCACAGAACACUUUUUGGCACAUGUUGUGAAUUUAGUUUUCAUAAAAAUGGGAAAAAUUAUAUUAGAGCAUUUUACAGGUAGUGGGUUUAUACAGUUGCCGUCUAUACCAUCCUGAUUUUUUUAAAGGAAAGAAUUACAGAGUGAUAGCAAACGUGAGAAUCUUCUGUAAAUUACUGAGAAUCAUGAGCCUAUUUUCCUUAUUGUCCAACAUAGUUUUUCAGAUUUUUACAUAUGCAUUUGUUGACCUUUUAAAUAACACUUGAAAUUGUAUCUCUUUUAUAAAUACUAUUCACAACUUUCCCUGGCAUCUCCCCCACUCUGACCCCUUCGCACACAUACUUCACAAACACUCUAUCCACACCAAACAUAGUAGGUGAUUUAGUUUCUCCAUCUGAAGUUAAAUAAUUUCUGGAGCAUCACAGAAAUCUCACCCUCAGCAAAAGCUUACUGAGGGAGGAAAGGAUCAAAUAGGCAAUAAUGCAUCUAGAACCACAACUUCAGUAUGGAAGAUGUAGUAAGAUCAGAGAAGUCUCACAUUAAUGUCAUUGGUCAUGAAUAUUUUAUAAACUCAGUAUAAAGGCAUUUGGCAGGGUCAAGAAUUUAUAUAAUAGGUGAAAUGCCUAUGAAGGGUAUAAAUCCAUAGCUUCAAUCACUUCUCCCAGGUACAGCUUAUUUAUAGAAUAUUUUAAUACCCAUAAUAUUUAUGUGCGUAUAGUGCAGAACCACAAUAUGAUUGCCUGGGCAUUUUUUUUUUUAAUCAAAAAACACAGUUUUGAUUUUUUACCACUGAACAAAGCACAGUGUUUCAUCAUUAACAAAAAUGAAAACCAAGUAUUCUUUCCAAAAAAACAAAAAACAAACCCAAGAAACUUGCCUUGUGUGUUGCAUACUCUCCAGAUGUUAAAAGGAUGACACGAUAUGAGAGAAAAUUCAGAACUGUAUUGAAUAUGACUUCGUAUGAUACUGAGUUCACCUCAAAUUUUGCACAGUAUUGACCAAGUUCAGAUUUCAAUAAAAUUCUCAUGCAUGCUUAUUAUAUGGUUGAAAGAGACUGAAUAAUGCACUAUUAAUUUCUCUCACCUGUUUCAUAGUUUAAAAAUAGUUGAUUAUAAUGCUGUUUCCUUAUUUCCAAAGUGAAUGAAUUGUAUGUAACAUGAACUUGCUAACUGAUGUAACUAGUAUGGUUUAAUUUCAGGUUUCAAAAAGUACUUGAGAUCAAAUGCAGGAACAUCUCAUUUAUCUGACAUUAUUGGAAAUCAGUGCCUUCUAUACCCUUACUGGAAAAACUGCCAGCAUUAACUGGAAAGAAAUAUGGCAUUCUAACAUUAGGUUGUUAGAAAUAUAGUCUUGCUCACACCCCCAGGUUGUACUAAACAAAAAUCCACGUUCUCACAAGAUCCCAAGGUGGUUGGUACGCGUAUUAAAUUUUGACAAAGAAUGACCCAUACCACUGAACUCCAGAGCUUACUCCUUAAAGCACCAAAGCAAUUGUUUUUAGUAUAACAUACAUCGGAUAGAAGUUAGAUUGUGCAUAUUAUAUUUUCCUACCUGUUCAGUCAGAGAUCACUAACUAUACUAUUUCCCUAACGUCUGAGGGUCAUCUCACCUAGCAUCCCAUGAUGGUCUCUGUGCAAAGAGCUUUAUCUGUUUUUCUUCCUCCCUUUUCAGGCUGUGGUAUUUAACUAAUUUUGUCACUUUGCCUCUCUCUAAAAUAUAUCUUCCAGUUUAUUUCUAAUUUCCUGGUGAGAAAGUCUGUGUCUUUGUUUUGCAUAUUAUUGAAAAAUUAUUAAACCCUAGAUAGGGAUCAGGCAUGUGGAUUCAAACAAAAGUCUGGCAAUUCGCAGAAGCUUUUUGGGAUCGCUAUUGGGAUCUGAGUGCUGUCUGAGAGAUCUGAAGUUGGCCGAAAACUAAAGUCUAGAUAAUAUGAGAUGUCACUGUAUUUUAAGGUUCACUUUUUACAAGGAAACAUCAAAAUAUCACAAGCUACUUAGCAGACACAUUUGAGCAAUUUCCAGUUGACCGCUUCAGUAAAAACAAUAAAGCUAAGCAGUAUUCACACAGAGCAACCAAACCAAACAUUUGGUCAGUAUAUUUUGAGGUAAAGUAUACACAGCAGCAAGAACAGUACCAACUAAAUAAGUCUGGACUGAAUCAGUUACUUGAUAGGACUUUCACUGUUCUAGAACACUCUGACUCAGGAUUAAAAUUGUGGAACCCAGGGGAGAUGCCCACAUAGUUUAAAUUUAAUACUUGAUAUAAAUGAUGUUUCUAUGAACUUAUAAAGAAAUUGGUGGUUGUUUUUCCUAGAUAGGCAUAGUGAUCGUUCUUAGUCAGUACUGGCUUUUGAUCAGGAAGAAGGAACAGGAGAUCCCAGCUGGUUAAGAUGAGAACCAACUGAUAGGACUCUCUUAUUGCUAAACCUGCAGAUUUCGGAAGGUCUCGAGGGCAGGAAGGGCGGGGGGAGGAAGAAGGAAAACUAAGUUGACAGAACAUUUGUGACUCUAUGGCCAUCAGCUCACAGAUGCCAACCUCUGAGCCCAGCCUUCUCAUUUUCAUUAAUUAUAGACGCUGAGUUGUUAUAGAAUCAUAACUGUAGGUUAGCCAAAAGCAUCUUUUUAAAUCCAGAAAAAAAGAAGUUUGCCUUGAAUUUUACAUGUGAUACAUCAUUUGUGUUAUUAGGCCACUUUGUAGCUUUUUGGGUUUGUUUUUGUUUUUGUUUUUUUAGACAUUGUUAACAGGGCGGUUAAAAUGUAUUAUUUAUCCUAUGUAGUUCUUCCAAAGGGGAUAUGGUGGACACUAUUAAAAUAUCAUUAAUUGCAUUUAUGGAUCAUAGAGCCUGAAAAAAAAAAACUGAAUUUUGAUGCUUGAGGGAAGACAUGUUCUUUCUUUUAUUUCAUGAGUUUUUCUUUUUCUCUUGUUCUGCUCCACUGUCUGCACUCUGCCCCAGAAGUGCACCUUCUGUACACCACGUCAAUUAAUUCGUAAAAUAGGCAGAAAGUGCUAAUAAUCUAUUCUCAGGGCAGAUGCACACUGGUGCCUGCAAAUAACACAGCGAUAGGCUGAGGGAUAGGUUCAAAAUAAUAUUGAGGACCUCUAUUUUUAUUGAUUGUUUCUUUCUCUUUUCAAAUGAUACCAUGAAUUCCUUUGGUUUACUUUUCUCUCUUUUGUUUUUGCAUUUGUGGACCUCGAUCUUUAUAAUGAUCUUUACUCUUUAGAUUCAUUUUUCACUGCAAUCUACUUUAAAUUUAUGGUAAGUUAAGCACAUGUAUGGAAGAUGUGAACUUUGUCUAUGGUUUGGGAAAUUAUCAACACAUUCACUGCUUUCCCAAUUUCUUUAUUCAAACACCUGUUUUUCCUUAACAAAUAUGUUACUGUAUGAGGAAUAUGAAUUAGAAACUUUCAGUUAAAAUGCAUUGUUACU